UUUUCCAGUGCUGUCUUGGGAAAAAGAAAUUACAGAAGGGGUCAAACAUCAAAUACGUAUUUAAAAUUCUGCAGCCCUGAGUGGGUGGCCGCAUUUCAGGGCAAAUGAGAAAAGGUUUUUUUCCAGUCUGGGGAAGCCCACCGCUUGGGAUCCGGAGCUGACAGCGCGCUCCGGCUGCCCCCGAGGACCAGGAGCCCGGGCCCUAGCCCCGCCCCCUCGCCGGCCCCUGGCUGCACCGCCUGCUGCCCUGCUCCCCGCUGCGUGCGGUCGGCGCGCGCCGCGCGGGUCUGUGUGUCUGUGUGCGUGUGUCCCUGGGUGGGAGAUGCAUUGGAGUCCUACGGCUGGGUGUUCCUUCCGAGCAGUUUUGCUCAGCAAGCUGUUAGGGGAUCAUGGAAACUUUUUUCUGGCUAAAAGGAUGAAAACUGAGUAAGUACAUAGAACUUUGAACUUGGAACGAAACAAAUACAAGCAAACCUCUACGGAUGGUAACUAUGUCCAUUCAGACUGUGUGUUCCCUUUUUAUGUUAAAAGAAGGCUUACAGGAGAGUGGCAAUUUAAAACGGAGUGAGGGGAAGCAGUUAAGAAACAUGAAAGGCUGAAAGCAGGACGGCUUUAAAACCGGAGGAAAAAUGAGGAACUGUUAAGGCGAGCUGGUCUGCGUCCAGCUGUGCAACAGGCACUUUGGGUUAAACCUCUUGCCAUCUCCAAUGCUGUUUUUAGGCUCCAGACUUACUUUGCUGUUGUUUCUCUUUUCCUGUGAAGCUUUUACUGUUGAGCUGAAGGAUGUGAAAAAAUAAGGCAUUACCGGAAGCAACAGUUUGGCAGCCAGGGGUAAGCUCAGGUUAUUCGUUGCAACUAUUAUUAUUUUGAUGUCUUUUUUUAAACCCAAGCCAGCCACUUUUUACUGUCAUCCAUGGAAGGGCUCUUAUUUACCGCCUCAGACUUUUGGGACCUAUGAUUCUUUGGCAUGACGCUUCGGAAAGUUCUUAAGUGGGGGAUGGAGCUAUCUUGAUGUGCUUUAAGUUGUGGAAAAAAGAAGACAGAUUUUUAUUUUUCAUGCUGACAAAAAAUAGCUAUGACUUUUCCGGCAACGUGGACAGGGGCCAAGUGAAGCUGAACUGGUCAUGGUCUGUCGUCCAGUGUUCCUUUGUCGCCGGCGAUUUUGCCCGCGGCCCUUCUUGGUGGGCUUGGUGGUGGCAGUCUGUCUCUUCUACCAGACCCUGACGCUCCGGGGAUCCAGGAAGCUCACAGCCACUGUCCCUGCGGCUGCUCCAAACACACCCACCGAAACCCAGGCAAGCAGAUGCCAGAAGGGAUUCCCCGUGGACAAGCAGUGCGUCUUUCUCUCCGAUAACGCGCAGGAAAUCAGAAAGAGUUGGCCCCAUGCUGCUUCUGAGUCAUGUUACCUGGACUCUCUGGGCAUCCUUGGGGGAGCCAGGGCCUUGUGGGUGCAGUCCUGCCAGGGCAAAGAUCGAGGAGUCAGUUGAGACCCACUUUGGCAGCCAUGGCAGAAGGGCCAUUCUCUACCAUUCUCCUUCUUCCAGCAAAAUGGAACUGAAGCUCCACCAGCACAUUCUCACUCAGCUUCACUAUACAGUUGUCGUCGUUGAAGAAAGGCUGCUCGGUGCUGACCUUGGGCUGAGGCUGCUAGAAAAAGGUGGUUUGGACUCUUGGAAUCUGCUCAUUUGCCUGUCCUCUAGGAAAGCUGGUGGGAAACCCUGCAUAUCCAAGGAAGACAUGUGCCAGUUAGGUUUACAUCAAAAGGUAAACAUAGUACCAGAAAUACAGCAUCAGCUUUGCAGAAAAGAAGGAUUAUGUCAAAUAAUUAGAAGAUUUCCAGAAUUGCAGCUUCCGGUGAGCCCCUCUGUAUGUCUGGAUCAGAGCACACAGUUAAAGCUGAGUACUUCAAGUCACCUUUUAAAGACAGCGAAGUCACGUACGUGGAAACCAGGGGACUGGAGACGUGAACAGCUGAAUCAAACCACAGUCCUUGCUCCCCGAGAAACAGUCUUACAAGCCAAAGAUCUGUCUGUAAUCCUGAAAGCAUAUGUGCUGGUGACGUCCUUAUCUCCUCUGCGUGCGUUCAUUCACUCCACUGGCACGGUCUGGAAUCCACCAAAGAAAAAACGCUUCACUGUCAAGCUGCAAACAUUUUUUGAGACAUUCCUGAGAGCCAGUUCACCUCUCCAGGCUUUUGAUAAAAUGAAGGAAGCAAUUAGCAAACUGCUGCUAGCAGCUGAAGUGUUCAGUGAAACAUCUACUCUGGGACCAAAGGCCUUCGAUAGAUGCAGAUUAUGUUUUCAACUUUUAACCUUUGAUAUUGGUUAUGGCAGUGUCAGGUCCCCUGUAGUGCUCCAGGUCCAUGAGCAUUUGAAUUUUCAAGAUGAUAAUAUGGAUUUUGAGGACCAAAACACAGAAGAAUUCCUUUUAAAAGACACUUUCAAUUUUCUACUGUCUAAUGAAUCUUCACUUUCCAUAUUUUCUGAGAUAUUUCAGGGACUUUAUAGAUCAGGUGUAUUUAAGAGUGAAGACUAUCAAAAAGAACUAAACCAAUGCCUGUCUUUAGAGGAGAUUAACUCAAUUAUGACUUUCAUAAAGGAACUUGGGAAUUUGGGACAAUUCCAGCUGCUCUUCCCAUCUGCUACUCCUGGAUUUCAAUCUUUGAUGCGUGAAUUUUAUGAUAUGGCAAAUCCUAUGCGAAAGCCUGGUUCUACCGUGGCCCAAUACCGGUCUCUUUUAAAUGUAUUUGAACAAUUUCAGCUCCUGAAGAAAAAGGCACCACUAUACCCGCUGGAAUGGAAUUCUUUCGCAGAGGAUGAGAGCAUUAAAAAACCACAAGGAUCACUUGAUGGAAUUGAAAUUAAAAAAGCUGCGGUUCCACAAAAUAUUAAUGAAACCAAAGAAAUACAUUGCAGUAAUGCAGAUAAAGACACACAGUGUCAUAUCAAGCAGAUCUUCACAUAUCCACGUUUGAAACUAAACCCUGAAUUUAACCCGGAGAUCAAAGAUUAUUACUCUGAAGUCCCAUUUGAUGUGGUAACACUAACAAUCGGAGCAGAGACGUCUAAGUGUCAUUGCAAAGUGUACCUGCAUGAAGGGGCAGGACCAAGCUUUGCCAACUACCCUCUGGGUUUAGGGAUGAACAAAAUUUCAGUGCUUGUGGUGGAUGAAUCUCCGGCACAAGGUGAGACCCUGGUCACGUACAAAUUCGCCAUCUAUAGAGAAGACCGUCCAAGUCUGCCCUUGUUUGAGGACUUCACAGCAUGCGGUUUUGUGCAGGAUUGUGGCUUGCUGAUUCAACCAGAGGAAACCUGUGGGUUACAGCCUGUUUCUUCUGACUACAUUGAAGCCAUUUCACAGCCCGAACUAAAGAUUUGUCCAUCUGGGGACACAAAAGGCCAGUGGAUCGUGCCUUGCCUCAGCUGUUCAGACAACAGGACCUGUGACUGGAGAGAAAUCACUUGGCAGCCCCACGACUGCCAAUACAGCAUCCUAACCAAGCCUCAGCUCCAGCAGUGCCUGGGAGGAAGGAAGAUUCUUUUCAUUGGCGAUUCAACCAACAGAGGGAUAAUGUACUACCUGAUUGAGAGAUUGAAUGACACCUUGCAGGAAUGGCAGAAAGUGCAUGGCACGAAAUUCUAUCACAAUGUCAAUGGUGGGAAGACUCCGAUCAGUUAUUCCUACUAUCCCCAGUUCUGGAUAAGCCCUUCAUUGAGACCAACAUUUGAAAAAGCACUUGAACAUCUCUUGCAAAGAUCACGUCCCCUGGAGAAUACGAGCCAGACGGUAUUGGUCGUUGGUGGUGUUCAGUGGCUUAAUUCCAAUCACCUGCAAAUUAUUCACAAGGUCUUGAAGAGGGAAAAUUUACUCAAUAUCCUUGUGAUCAUCAAAACUUUGGGAAUUGGAUUUCACCUGCCAGUGGAUGGAGUACAUUUCUUAACACAGAGUGAAGUUCAGAACUUAUGGAAAGAAAAUUUGAUUAUUCUGGAUGCUGCAAAAACAUAUGGCUAUGAAGUGGUUGACACAUUCACUAUAACAAUGGGGCGGUACAAAGAGUUUUUGCAGGGGACCUGUGGAUGUCAUUUCCAUGAGGUAGUGAAAUCAAAGUUAUCCAAAGAAUAUCAUUUUAUUAAAAUAAAACGAUCAAGAAAUCACGUUGUGGGAAAAUAUUUCAGCAAUCAAAGCAGACUACAACAACGACAACAAGACUCUGUAACAAAUUUCCAAUCACCCUAUCAUGUCAGAGGUCCGGUUAAUCAGGUUUGCUCUGAAAUCCUUCUCAGCAGGAUAUGUGCCAGUGAAAGACCUGCAUAGACUCUGUGGAAGGACUGAACCUGGGAUUGGAGACAAGCCACUCACCUGGACGAUGGUCUAGAAGCCAAAUCCUGUGCAUCUUGUGUAUUUUGGUUCCACCAGCCACGCUCAGGCACAUCGGCACACAUAUAAACACCGAGGCACACUUAGCUUAAAAAUAUCACGCCACUUUUUUUUUUCCUAGAGCUUUAGCAAGUCAGAAUGUGCACUUGGAAAUCAGCUGGUUUCAAGAUGAAGGACAGAGCUAGAAAAGAGUGACCUGAGUAUAAUCAUAAACUAAAACCACCGUGGGCCAGGUAUUACAUUGUGAUAAGAGGAAUAUAGACAUUCGAGAUGCAGAAAAAAGAAGAUAAUGCACUUGAGUCUUGGGUUAUCUUUAUCGGAGCCUUAAUAUUGAAAAGGGGAAAAAGCAAUUCACAUUCCACCUGUAAGCAGAGACUAUGCUUGUGCCCUUUGCCAGGAGAAAACGUGGCCUUGAUGAGGGUUUAGACCUUGCGAAUCUAAUGCUUAUGAAAACUGCUUCUUCCUAUACUUUAAAAAUCCUAUGACUGAAGGGAAAAGAGCGAGAAUGCUCUUCCAUGGAAUUUUAAGGGAUUCUAAGAGAGAGAGAGAAAGUACAGUGGAUUGGGAAUCUGGAGUUUUCGUUGUAGCGGCUUGGGUUGCUGCCCUGGCACGGGUUAGACCCCUGGUCUGGGAACUUCCACAUGCUGUGGGUAUGGCCGAAAAAAAAAAUGUGCUAUUUUACAUUUCAAACACCAAUAUAUUUAAUUUUGCACUCUUUGUAUUUUUCAUAAACAUUCCCUCCUAGCCUGUCCAAGAACUUGGAUGGGUAACUGCAGACUAAGUUAAUUAAAUAUGUAAUUUUAAAGUGAGAAACUAAAUAUGGUUCCUCAUGGGUUACUUUAUCAUGUUUCAUUGAUGAUAUUACCUGAGAAACCUUUUGUUUGCUGUUAGCGCCCUGUAUAAUUUAAGAUUGCAAUUAUAUUUUAUGUAAAUAUUUUGCAAAGGAUUAAGCAUUUGCAAGUACAUAGGCAUUUAUUUCCAUAAAGCAUUUGUCUGUGUCCACAAAUACUACUAUGUUACUAGAAACUAUUUUAAUUUUCCUGAGCAAAUGUAUCUAAUCCAAAUUUAGCAUAGACAUAAAUUUUUUUAAUAACUGUGGCAUACAUGUAAAACAUAUCUAAUCCUAGUAUUGAGAACUUUCCCUUCUGUGUUUUAAGUUCAAAAAGGUAAAUUUCUCCAUUGUACAAAUGCUUUGUUGUGAGAGGACAUCUCACAGUUACAAUGGCUUUUAAAGGAUCAUUUUUCUUUUGGGGAAAAAAAAAAGCUGGGAAGGUUAAUUCCAUACUUGGCUGAAAUUACUAAAUGUACAAAUACCUCAACCUCAAUUUCAUCACCAUACAGAGAAAUAAAACUAUUUUGAUUGAAAAGUUCCUUAGUAGGAAUAUCCACCUCAUCUAAAUACUCUAUUUUUAUACAUAUUUUUAUAUGAAAGUAAACAUGAAUUUAUAUUUAAUGGUCUUAAAUUAUAUCUAAGCACAAAUAUCACUUGAUAUAAACAAUACAUAUCUGUAUCUGACAUGGUAAAUUUUUUAAAAGAAUGGUACAGAAUUAACUUUUUAAAUAAAUGACUUUUCUAAUAUCUUCAGCGAUAUGCAAGCAUCAUUCUUGGGUGUUCAGUGAUUAUUUAAUGAUAAAAAACAUUGCUUCUCCAAUUCAUAUAGCUUCUCCAUCAUGUUUUAAUGUAUUACAUACUCUGUAACAGAAUUUCAGUCAGUGGAUGUUUCUUAUGGUUUCCUGUCAACCGAACUGCAGUGCCUUUCUGACUGAGGCUAGCCUGGCAUUUACUUCUUCGCCAUUGAAAUAAUAAUGGAUUUUAGAAACAAUUGUAGUAAUGCUAUUAAUAAAUGUCUUACUAGUAAUA